GCGCGCCGGCGGCGGCGGUGGGGGUCGCGGUGGACGAGGCGAGGAGCGGCAAAAAACUCCCCGAGGCUGGGUGGGUAAAGAGUAGCAGGAGGAGGAGGGGGGUGGAAAGCGAAGACGGAGCAACUGCGACUGGUCACGAGCCUGGAAGAUUAAAUUGUAAAGAUACUAAACAACAACAAAGGGAGGAGGAGGAGGAGGGUAAAAUAGAGGGGGAGGAGGUUGAAAGAGAGAGAGGCGGUGAAGGCGAGAGAGGGCAAGGCGAGGAGGAGGAGGAGGAAUGCCCAUGGACUACACGUAGCGGGGAGCCGCGCUCGGCGCAAACCCCUCGCGCCCUCAGACAACAAUGGCCACGCUGGGCAGUGAGGUCCUGUACGACACGCGGGGCCAUGGCGGCGUCUCUGUGAGGCUGACCCGCGCCAGGGUCAGCAGCUGCUGCUCGGGCGACUCGGCCUCGCGACCCGGAGGGCGCCUCCACAGACGCCACCGACGCCACCGUCUGCCCCAGCUGUUUGAGCGUGCCGCCGCCAGCUGGUGGAACCCCAAGUUCGACUCCCUGGAGCUGGAGGCGGCGUGCGAGCAGCGCUGUUACCCACAGACUCGCCGUCGCUUCCGCUAUGCCCUGGCCUACGCGUCGGCCGCGUGCCUCCUUCGUGCCCUCACGUACGCGUUGGACUGGGAUGCACGCAGGGCGGCGCGCCUCGCCCCCGCGCUCUCCUUCCUGCUGCUGUGCGCCGGGCUCAUGGCGCUCACCUUCUUGCGUGCCUAUGAGCGGCGACGCGCCGUGCGCGAGGCGCUCGCCGUGCUCCUCUUCGUGGCGCUGGCCGGUGCCUCCCUGGCGAUGGCGGCGGCGCUCGUGCCCGCCCGUCCGUUCCUGCCACCGGACCUGUCGCCCGUGGGCAGCUUCGCGGUGUGCGUCGAGGUGCUGCUGCUGCUGUACACGGCCAUGCCACUGCCGUUGUAUGCGUGCGCCCUGCUCGGGCUCUCAUACUCGGUGCUGUUUGAGGUGGUCGGGCAGCUUUGGAGCACGGGGCUGCUGCUCCCCAACGUCAGUGCAGGCUGGCUGUCACGGGCCCACACGGAAGGGCUGGCAGCCACGGUAGUGGGGAAGGCGUUCCUGCACUUGUGCAUCCACGCCAUAGGUAUCCACAUCUUCAUUAUGUCGCAGGUGCGCUCGCGCAGCACUUUCCUCAAGGUGGGCCAGUCCAUCAUCCACGGCAAGGAGCUGGAGGUGGAGAAGGCGCUCAAGGAGAAGAUGAUUCACGCCGUGAUGCCUCGCAUGAUUGCCGAUGAACUACUGCGGCAGCAGGGGGACGAUGACUCCGAGGUGUCACCCCGGCGCUGUGUCGCCCCUGGUUGCCCGGUCGCCGCCGCGUCUGCAGCGGCGGCAGCAGCAAAUUCCUCGGCGUCGGCGCCGACAACCGCGAGCAACCCCGGUCCUCGCAAGAAGAAGAAGGGCUCUAUUCCGCGGGAGCAGCUGCCCUUCCGCCCAUUCACCAUGAAGCGCAUGAGCGAGGUGAGCGUGCUCUUCGCUGACAUCGUCGGCUUCACCAAGAUGAGCGCCAACAAGUCGGCGGCGACGCUCGUGCGCCUCCUCAACGAUCUGUUCGGCCGGUUCGACAAGCUGUGCGAGGUGACGGGCUGCGAGAAGAUCAGCACGCUCGGGGACUGCUACUACUGCGUGGCGGGCUGCCCCGAGCCGCGAACCGACCACGCCGCGUGCUGCGUGGAGAUGGGACUCGGCAUGAUUGCCGCCAUCGAGCAGUUCUGCCGCGACAACCGCGAGACGGUGGACAUGCGUGUGGGCGUGCACACGGGCACCGUGCUGUGCGGCAUCCUGGGCAUGAAGCGCUUCAAGUUCGACGUGCUCUCCAACGACGUGAACCUCGCCAACAUGAUGGAGCAGCUGGGCGUCGCGGGCAAGGUGCACGUGUCUGAGGCCACGGCGCUGUGCCUGGACGAGCGCUACACCAUGGAGGACGGGCGGCUCUUCGAGCGCAUCGGCCCCAACGCGGUGCUCGCGGAGCAGCUGAAAGGGAUGAAGACUUUCCUCAUCUCCGGCUACCGGGAUGAGGACGCACGUCCCAGCUGGCGCGAGGGCUCCCAGCCGGUGCUGUCCUCUAGCCAGGGCUGUCUGCUCUACCCGUGGAGCCCACCCUGGGGAGACGAGCCGCUUGCCCUGCAUGCACACCAGGGCGGCUCCCUGCCCUCGAGCCACCUACUGGAAGACGGCCAGACUCUGGCGGCCGGGGCCCCCGCGGGCCCCGCAACACCAGCAGCGGCCGCCGGAGCCGACCAGAACCCCCAGACCGAGGCAGCGCCGGCCACGCGACCCCCCCGGCCGCACUCGGACGGCGCAAACGCACACGGCAGCAAGGCGUCGUGCACGCCCAGUGUCUUUUCAAGCAGCGGUGGUGACGGCGGUGGCGGCGGCGGCGGUGGUGGCUGCGGUGGUGGUGCUGCGAGCAAGGAGAAAGCGGUGGAGGGGCACAAUGGGUGCCAGGACUCCGCGGCCAGCAAGGACCGAGCACUGGGCCCUGAGCCGCCCUGCAAGGGUCCGCCCAAGGUUCACAACGGGCUGCUGGCCGUCAAGGAAGAGGGAAAACUGGCAAACAGCCGCACGUCGCUCGUCGAGACACUGCAGGAGCGCAUGUGCAAGGAGCGCGCGCCCCUGCUGCCCAUCAACAUGCGCUACAAGCACCUGCUGAGGCAGAGCGACAUUCACUUCGUGGAGGUCAUCAAGAGCGAUCGGCUUAUGGAGGACUACUUCUUCAAGCCACCCAUCAACAAGCUGAGCUUGCAGUUCCUGGACAAGAACUUGGAAAAGGCGUACCGGGCGAGCUACCAGGAGGAGGUGGCUAACGGGCGGCACGUGGAUACGUUCGCCAACCCCACGUUCAGCUCGCUGCUGGACGUGCUGCUGUCGUCGCUGGUGUUCGUGCUGGCCUCGCUCGCCUGCCUCCUUGUGCUGCCCCCGUGGCCCGAGGUGCCCCUGCUGCCCAUGGUCACCUUCGCCGUUGCCUUCACCCUGCAACUGUUCUGCCUGCUCGUCUCCAUACGGAUGGUGUUCUUCCUGGAACACGUCCUCACGUGCACGCGGCUGGUCAUGGAGUUUGUGUCUGGCUGGAUCCCGCGCCACCUGAUAGGGGCGCUGUACGUGUCUCUGCCGGCCGUCAUGGUACUCACGCACUUCACCUGCCACCUGGACUCACGGCACACGGCUCGCCUGUUCUUCUGCUGCGUCAUGAUCGUGGGCGUCACCCACUACCUCAAUUUCUGCCAGCUGAGCUCGUGGCUGCGCUCCAGCCUGGCGACUGUGGUGGCCGCGCUGCUGCUGCUGCUCAUCUACGUGCCCGUGUGCGGCGACAGGCCCUGGGGCGCCGGCAAUGAGUCCCUGCCGCUGAACGUGAGCGCGCCGGUGGUGUCCGUGCCUCUUGCGGCGCUGUCGGCCGCCCAGGGAGGGCACGGCGGGAACAGUGGGAGUGUGCGGGGCUGGGAGCUGGCGGCCGACCUCCUGCUGCUGGUGCUGCUCAUCUGGUUCCUGAACCGCGAGUUCGAGGUGGCCUACCGCCUCAACUACCACGGCAACGUCGAGGCGGAGUUGCACCAGCGCAAGAUCCAGCACAUGAAGAACCAGGCCGACCUGCUGCUGCACAACAUCAUCCCCGGGCACGUGGCCGACCAGCUGAAGGUGCAGCCGCACUACUCCAAGAACCACGAGGACGUGGGCGUCAUCUUUGCGAGCAUCGUCAACUUCAGCGAGUUCUACGAGGAGAACUACGAGGGCGGCAAGGAGUGCUACCGCGUGCUGCACGAGCUCAUGUCCGACCUGGACCAGCUGCUGGCGCGCGACCACUACGGGGGCAUCGAGAAGAUCAAGACCAUCGGCGCGACCUACAUGGCGGCGUCGGGGCUCAACGUGCCAGAGCCGCGCGCGGGUGACGCGCACGCGCACCUGCGCACGCUCUUCGAGUUUGCGCGCGACAUGAUGAGCAUUGUCGAGGACUUCAACAAGGACAUGCUGUGGUUCAACUUCCGCCUGCGGAUCGGGUUCAACCACGGGCCGCUCACGGCCGGCGUCAUCGGCACGACCAAGCCGCUCUACGACAUCUGGGGCGAUACGGUGAACAUCGCCAGCCGCAUGGACUCGACGGGCGUCGACUGCCGCGUGCAGGUGAGCCAGGAAAGCUACCACGUGCUGUGCGACAUGGGCUACCAGUUCGACUACCGAGGCACGGUCAACGUGAAGGGCAAGGGCCAGAUGAAGACGUACCUGUUCCCGCCCACGGACGGGGGCCACGCCGCGCCACAGCCUCCGCCGCCGCCGCUGCUGCCGCCGCUGCUGCCCAUGACGCCCGACAUCCACACACAGGUGGACGGCAGCAUCGGGCGCUCGCCCGCAGAGGAGGAGGCCCACAGCCUCCUGGCAUCGCUGUCGGCGUCCGACGCGUGCAUCAUCACCUUCUCCGAGUCUCCGCCGCGCGGCGGCGGAGGGGGCGGCGACUCCCCCCGUCGCGCGCUCGCGGGCGUGCGCGGCCAGCGUGCCUCGUCGCUGUCGAGCUUGCCGCACGGCGCGGGCCCCCGCGGACGCCGCCGUGGCUACGCGAGGCCGCCCGUCUCCACUGCCGCCGCCGCCCUCGCGUUCUCCGCGCCGCCUCCUCCCGCCCAAAACGGCGUGGGACCCGACGCGCGCCCCGCCGAGAAGGGGCUGCGGACUCGCAGUCGCACGAGGGAGGAUGGCGACGGGGAAGGCGGCGGCGGAGGAGACACCAGGAGCGAUUUGGACGAUGGGGGUGGCGCAGUGAAGGACAGCAGCAGAGCGAGCAGCGGAGUGGACAGCGACGAGGGCAGCGAGGAGGAGGAGGAGGAGGAGCCUUCUCCUCCUGGACCGUGUGGUGGCAGAGAGGGCGGGGGCCUCGUACCGGAGUGUCGGCCCAACGGGGUGGAGUGCCGCUUCCCCGCAGAGGCUGAGCGCGCUGGCAUGUGCGUGCAGGACUCCGUAUGAGGCCCGGCCUGGCACAGGCGGUGGUGGUGGUGGUGGCUGUCUCCUGAGGUACACAGGACGAAUCUUCAGUCAGGGGUCUCCAGCCAAGACUUUCAACUGCUUAAGUGCCUUGCUGAAGGGAAGCCUGUGUUUGCUUAAUGUUGUUGUUUUCUCGAAUGGCUGUGUUCUAACGGCAGGGCAGGCGAUUAAAACCCGAAUUUCACAAUUGUGGUCGUGGGAUCUUGGAAAAAACAAGGUGGUGACUUCGUUAAGGGGCAUCAGCAGCUGACUGGAAAUGGUCUCUUUAAUAAUUAUUAUAAUUAUGUAGCUGAAAAUAUACAAAUACGAUUGUUUACACAGUUCAUGUGUAAAUUGUAUCUUAAGGAGUAUUCACCAGGUACAGAAAGUCCUACUCAAGCUUAGGGUGGAACAAGACCCCGUCAAAACUCAACUUUUAAAAUGACAAAACCUACCAGUGCUAAACAUUAAUGGAGUUUUCUAGCUUCACCACUACCAACGUAAAAUACCGUUCCCUUCAAAUAAAAAAUCCCUUACCUGAUUAGUGCCUAUGAUAGUUACCAUUUGUUUUGCUAAAAAAAACCCAGGGUCACCAUAGCUACGAAGGGAGCGUUCCUGUGACAAAUAAGUUAAGUUAUGGGUACAUUUCGAAUAGAAAAUUUGAACUUUGUCACCGGCAGAAAAUUGCCCAGACUUUCGAACGACAUCGCGGGGUUCUUAACUGUUCCCACCCUUACGUUGUGCAGCAGAGCUUUUCGUAAUUUCCCUGACAGGAGUCUCGUGGCAUCACCUCCUUGGCCCGACGGGGGGAGACGCUUGCGCCGCCCGCCGUCGCCGGCAGGCCGCCCAGCUGCCCCAUGAAUUAAAACUCGAGGCGCGAGCGCUGCAUAAGUAGCGUGACGCGUGUGCUGGCCCCGAUAGCACUGAGGGGCAGGUGCAGCUCGGUCCUUAAUGUUGCCGGUGCCCCGUCUGUGUUAAUGCGGAGACGUACGCACACACACACACACACACGCGUGUGUGCACACGCACCAAAGCCGGUGUGCGGAAUGCAGCUUUAAAAGAGAAGGGCAUUUGCGUAAAAAAAUAUAUGCAUUUUGCGGUCUUUCUUUUUAGCCCGUGGAAGUGAACUGUACAUAGUUUACCCAUCGCCGCCUUUUGUGUACGGGAUGCAGUGCAGUAUAAAGGAGCUGUCCGUGGGUGUUUGUGUGUGUGUGUACAUGUGUUCAUAGAUGUGUUUGUAUUGCGCUGCAUACAUACACGCAUACAUACACGAAUGUAUGUAUGCGUGUACGUAUGGCGUACUCGUCUUCGCACACAUCUGCGUGUGUGUGCGCGCGUUCAUCGCGUCUGUACAUACCUACGUGUGUUACGUGUAUAUGUGUGUACAUGUAUUUGCGAAUAUGUAUCGGUGUAAGUGCGCACGUCACUGUGUACUUGUACGCGCGCAUCUUCGUACUCCUAUUGAAGCCUAAACAAUUGUGCAAGCCUUUCCCCUAAUGAAAACGGCAAAUAGUGCAAAUGUGAGCGGUAGGGCCCGGCUGCAGCCGCUGAGCAAACGACCAGAGCCAGAGACGCUCCCGUGGGAUUCCGGCUCAGUAACCGAUGUCUGUAACCGGGUGUCAGAAUUCACACUUCCGAAGCAAUUGUUCUUUUUUUUGUGCGCGUGCGAAAACAAAGGCUCGCAGUGGCUUUUUGUUCCCCCCCCCCUCCGUGUGCGUCUUAGUGCUAAGCCUCAGCGAGACGAAACGCUUGGACAGGCACGGUACUGCUGCUGGGACGCAGUGGUGGACCUUGACAUGCGCAGAAUUACAGACAGCGGCCACAGUAUAAUUGAGGAGGCGUCGUCUGCAAAGGUUCUGCGAUCGCCAAACACAAGACUUUAUGCAACUUUACGAACCAGGAACUGUUGGUUUUGAACUCUUUUAGCAGAAUGCUGCACACAUCGGCCAAAAAAAAAAACCAGUUUGCAGAGCGCGACACGAGCACUUGUACAACCGAAACCGGGCACUCGUGUGGAUUUGUGGAUUUUUUUUUCCUCCUACAGUCGGGACGCUUUGCUUUACUGCUCAGAGCGUUAACAUGAGAGCAGGUGGGCACCGAGUGGAGAGGCCUCGACUCCCGUAUAAUUGGUCAGGGUCUGGGCCCCCUCCCCAUGCAGUCUUCAUCUUGGAAAUGAAAUUAUCGAUGGAAACAUUUGUCAACGAGGCGUAUUUUAUUUGGGUGAACCGAUGACUACGAGUGGACAAAAAUCAUCAAGCACGACUACGGUGACUACGAUUACACCCACCAAAGACCAUCGCUCGAGACGAAAUGAACGAGUCUGAAUGAAGGCGCAGACUCAGAUAAUUUAGUAACAUUAUGAGAGACUGCAGUGCAGAAGGAAGACCAAAAAUGGUAAUUGGCUAUGUGUGUAAAUUGAAUGAUUGGGCGAUCUCAUAGUAUUGGGUGGAACGAAUUGGACGGCCUUCACGCCAACAUUAAACCAUGAGCCGACUAGACCAAGAGAAUUGUUCAAUGAAAUCCACCGACUUAAACCUGAAUAAAACUCCACAGGUUGCCAUCGGCUAGACACGGACCACGACCAAAAAUAAAACGCUCUUACAAAAUGAACACUGCUCCUGUGCCCACGUCACACCACACCGCGCGCCCCCCAACACCUCGCGGAUCGAUUAGUUGGUGCGUGUCACGCAAGGGCGCAAGGCGGGACUGGUUUGUGGGCAAAUCCUGGGCCAUGGCGUGAAACCAAUGUCUUAAAUCUCCCGGUUCCUGCAUUUUCACUCCAGAGGCACCAUACUGGAUGUUUGAUUUUUUUUUUUUCAAAUUGCCUCAUCCGGCCGCUUGAAUUAGAAAAAUGUAUUCCCGUAAAUAAGUGAAUUUGUCCUAUCCUUGUACAUUUUUUGCGAUUGACUGAAUUGUUAAGUUAGGGUUUUUUUUUUUCCACUUGCUUUUUUGUUUAAGAAAAAAGUGUGUUGCAUUGUAUUUAAUUUUCUAAUUUGGCAUUUCAUUGGAAGCAACCUUUACUCACGUGCCAUGGUCCACGUCCAGAACGCAAGGCAAUCCUUUUCAGCAGAGGCGUUUCAUUCAGGGGGCGUCGUACGCAUCAUUGCAAGUAAUAAAGCACGAUUAAACGUGGAGGAUACAGUCCAGAUCAGAGAGGGCUUCUUUCAUUGUGUAUGACUUUUGGGGACUCUAAAACUUUCGAUGGUGACACGGCCAGACAGGCCACUUGCCCACAAACCUCUGCUUUGAGCAACCGCCCCCCCCCCCCCCCAAGUUACAUUUUUGCUCUUAAAGUUGUGCAGCAGCCAAGCAAGUGUUUGCCAUAUCCAACAAAAUUAUUAUUUGGAAAAGGAGUUCCCGUUGAUGUCAGCUGCUCCUGUUGAGCGAGUGUGGGGUAGUGGUGCACUCACGUUAUCCCCCUCGUCGUUUCCGGUGAGUGUGGAGAGCCGGAUCUGAACGGUGAGCUGCAAUGUGUUUCUUUGGGGUCUCGCGCGCCAGCCGGGUUCGGGAUGCAACUGCACUCACGGAAACUCCAGCCCCCUCCCCCCCCAGCGUGGCGUUAAUCUGUGUGGCAUGUGACCACGCACGGCAGGUCUUUGGCUGCAUCAUCAUAUGCGAUUGCACAUCCACCGUUCACAAGUUCUGACACUAUUAUGCAAUUCUCUUAAAUGUGUAAUUUAGUAUAUAAAAUGUAAAAAGUAAAAAAAUAUAUCUCUUAAUGCUUUAAGUAAUAUGAAUUGAUGAUGAAGUAUGUUAAUUGUCACAAUUGCACCUGCCCGGGGCUGUCAUUUUGUGAUGUAGCAAUACACGACAGUUUUGGUUUGACACCUUGUAAAUUUUGGGAGACGUUCAUCCCAAUCCAUAUGCAGGCAAGAACACGUGUGUUUUUUUAUAUAAUUGGUUAUUGCUGAAGAUUAUAAAGACACCAGGUGAAUCCA